UAGUGCAUACAUUUCAACAUAUUCAAUAGAUACUCGUAGUGUACAGUGAUGGAAUCCCAUUCGGCGGGCACUUUGCAGUCACCGUCUACUUUCUCGGAGAGUUCCAAGACAGGCAGUAGCAAGUCUGCUGAUAGUACCACCAAGGAUAAAGAUCAAGACUUUACAAAGGAUAACGCUGCAUCCCCAAUCGACUUGGAAUGCAAAAUCCAAGCGGAGAGGAUCACCAAGAUCUUGGACGAAUCGAUAAAUAAGACGAAGCUGGCUAUCUGCUUACCUGGUUUGGUCAAAGAGUACCGCACUCUAAAUUCUAUUCUUUCCAACCAGCACAUGGACGAUCUUCUGUUAAUCUUCGAUCAAUAUGACAGCCCACUUUUCUCUACUAGUCUAUUAAAUAUGGGCGCGUUUGAGGAUCUCAAAGCUGGUGAUGUAUCAUUAAAGAAUCGUUUGAAUCCAGAGCUAGGGCUUUUACUUUACAUUAUGAACAGUUAUCCAGCACUGAAGCCAGUCGUGGAAGAAAUGAUUGACGAGAUGAAAGAAGAUGCAACGAAAGAAGGUAAACCAGAAACACCAGGUUUGAAGUAUCUUCUGGCACUUGAGAAUUUCCGCGAGCUGAUGGUGAAGCAAAUGGAGAUGACCGCCGCCGAGGAGUUGUCUAUGAAGCUAAAGACUAGAAAAUUGGAGGCCUCUAAUACCAAGCUUACUAAGAUAAUUGAAGAAUACACAAAUACAUUAAAACAAGAAUCGGAAAACUUCGAAGAGACGAUGAAGCACAAGGCCGAGGUGAUCGCCAGCUUGGAGGCCGAGCUCGCCACUCAGAACCGGGAGACCGCUGCCAAACUACAGAAGAAGGUCCUCGAUUCCGAGCGACAGAUGGUGUUAGCGACGCGGGCACACUUAAUCAAGAAUGAGAUGCUUAAAGAAGAAGAAGCUGAAAGUAAAGAAGUUUAUGAAAAUCUUCUGAAAGUACAUCUUCUCGAAGAAAAGAAUUUAAGAGCGAGAAGACUCAAAGUUGAAACACAAUUGUUGUCAUGGCUACAAAAGUACGACGUCGAAAUGGCAGACAAACAGGUAGAGCUCGACGAUUUCACAGAGAAGUACGACGAAGAAAUGAAGAAGUGUAAGGAGUUGGAGGAUCAAAUAGCUGAGCAGGACAAGGAAUACAUACCGCUGAUGGCAGAGAGAGAGGCAGAGUACCACGAGGAGAUGACUCAGAAGAUGCAGAAGUUCCUGCAGGAGCACGCGGCGAGAGUUAUACAGAACGCGUGGAGGGAAGUGCUGGCAAAUCGCGCGGAGAAGAAAAAGCUCAAGAAACUUCUAAAGAAGAUGCAGGCUGCGGAAGAGAAGAAAGGAGGCAAAAAGUAA